CUUCUCGAAACACAUGAACAGAGAGCUGUCCUCAUGUCUGGUCCGGUCAGCAUGGAGCUGUGCCCAUCCCCCUCAGGUCUAGAAGCAGAAUAUAAGACACUUUUCACCACAGGCUCCCUCCUUUUCCUCCAUGAACUAAUCUCCACAUUUGAUGAUGAGGUGGAUCACGUGCUGCAGUUACGAGUGUCCCGAAAGGCCCAUUUGGACCUCUCAUCUGAUCUGCCAAGCUUUCUGGAAAGUACCACACAUAUCAGGGGAGACCCAGCAUGGAGGGUGCUCCCGGUUCCCCCAAGGCUCCAGAGAAGACAUGUGGAUAUCGGGGACAUGGCUCCUUGCGACACCCAGCGCUUCAUUAAAGCUCUGCAGUCAUCAGCACAAGGCAUACAGGUUGACUUUGAUGAUGGGAACUGCCCUACAUAUCACAACCAGAUUAAAGGCAUUCACAACGUUUUCAUGGCGGUUCACAACCAGUUCCCCAAUCUUCCUCACAUAUCUCAGGCUCCAGUGCUGAUGCUUCGCCCUCGCGCCUGGAACAUGGUGGAGCACAACAUGAUGGUGGGAGGGAAGGAGGCUCCUGGUUCUCUCUUUGACUUUGGACUCCUCAUGUUUCACUGUGGAGAAAAACUUUUUGAAAACAAGAGUGGACCCUUUUUCUACCUCUCAAAGGUGGAGAGCUUCAUGGAGGCCAGACUAUGGAACAAGAUAUUUGUCUGGACACAACAUAAGUUGGGCCUCCCGCUGGGCUGCAUUAAGGCAACGGUGCUAAUUGAAAAUGUAUUAGCAGCAUUUGAGAUGGAGGAGAUUCUCUACGAACUGCGAGACCAUUCAGCAGGACUCAACUGUGGCAUCUGGGAUUAUUCAGCCUCCUUUGUCAAUAAAUUUGGUCACCGAAAGGCUUUCCUGCUGCCCGACCGCAGUAAAUACGUCAACAUGGAGAAGCGUUUUCUGCGCAGCUACAUGGACCUGUUGGUUCAGACGUGUCAUCGGAGGGGAGCGCUGGCCACAGGAGGCAUGGCAGCCCUGCUGCUGCCUGAGGACCCGCUCAGUGCGUCCCACAGCAGAGUGUUGGCUACCGUCAAGAGACUGAAGUUGCUGGAGAUCCAGGCAGGCGUGGACGGUUUCAUGGUGUAUGAUCUGACCUUGAUUGAGCCCAUGCAGAAACUCUUCAAGCUCCACACUGAAGGUGAUAACCAGCUUCAUCAGCUUCGACAUGAUGUCACGGUGACUCCUGAUGACCUGCUGUCCAUGCCUUUGGGAGGAGUCACCCUUUAUGGUUUGAAGUAUAACAUUGCAGUUGGUGUCCUCUUUGUUAACGCUUGGCUAUCAGGUAGAGGUCACUUCAUCUACAGAGGCCAGGUUGAAGAUUCAGCCACAGCAGAAAUUUCCAGAUCACAGGUGUGGCAGUGGAUCCGUCAUCAGACUCAGCUGGAGGACGACAGCAGGGUGGUGAGCAGGCGGCUGGUGACUGACCUCAUCAAGGAGCUCACGAUGGAGCUCAGGGCUCUCUGUCCCUCUGUCAGGGAGAAACAGAGGUUACACACCGCAGCAGACAUGUUCCUGGAAGUGGUGCUAAAGAGAGAUUUCCCAGAGUUCAUCACCACCUACUUAAAUCAGGCCCACAGCUUUCUCAGCUCCCAGAACACUGAACAGGUGGAGGCUCUAAACACCGACUUGCCUCAACCCAAACUGUGAGCGUCCCACUGGACGACUGCUCCCUGUUCUCUGCUCAACACGAAGAGCACUUUGAGGACAUCCCAUGGAACUUUCAGAGAUUGCAGUGGACAUUUUUCAUUAUUUUAGCUAUUUUAUAGACUUAUUAGUUAGUUAGGGUUAGUUAAUCAGUUAGUUACUAUGAGGAACUUUCAUUCCAGCGGGCCCAGCAAUUUGGACUGAGCCUCCAGCAGAGUGGUGUCGGUGUUAGCUUCCAGCGGGAGGAGCAGAGAGGUGAAGCUUUGCUGCCGGGAGCCGAGCUAUCCUUCCCCAGCUGGAGCUUCCGACCGCAAGUCGAAGAUGACGGUGAAGCUGGAUCAGAUUCAGGGUCUGUCAGAGUCGCUGCUGGAGGCCCCGCUGGAGUCUGACCUGAGGGCGUUAAACUGGACCUUAUUGAUUUCAACAGAUAUCUCCAAAAUUCGACGUGGUGCACGUAAAACAAGCAUUAAGAAUAACUAUAUAGAAAUUUACAAUGUUCUAUCUGAUGGUCUCGUUUACUGAUGUAGGUCAUAUAGAGAAACACGACUAAACUGACACUCGGUCAUAACCAGUUAAAAUGUUCCUUACAGUAACUUUAAAGAAAAUAAGAUGAAUCAAUAAUGAAAAUAAUUCUUAGUUGCCGCCAAAUGUUGCUGCUAAUUGUGUGUGUUUAGGGUUGUUAGCAUGUGAGGGAUAAUUAAGUCUAAUAGUAAUUUGUUAACCCAAGUAUUCACCGGCACUUUCAAGUGCCCCCCUGAUUGAAUCCGGGGAGAGGGACCCUCCUCUGUUGCUCUCCCCAGGGAUUUUUUGGUUGUUUUUUUGGAGUUUUUCCUAGUCCGAUGUGAUGUCCUGGGACAAGGAUGUCAUAUGUGUACAGAUUGUAAAGUUUUGUAAUUUGUGAUUUUUGGGCUAAACAAAAUAAACUGAAUUGAAUUAA